AUGCUACACGGAAAGAAUUCUUGCUUGCUACACGUCUUUUUACUAUACGUGCUUAGCUCGGCUAUAGCACGUGCUUUGCUAUACGUAUUUUAUUAUAUAUAUCGAUGCGCCAUACGUAACUUACGUAAAGCUGCUAUACUUAACGUACUUAAAGCUGCUAUACGUAACUUACGUAAGGCUGCUACACGUAACCUACGUAAAGCUGCUAUACGUAACUUACGUAAGGCUGCCACACCUAACGUACUUAAAGCUGCCAUACGUAACUCACGUAAGGCUGCUAUACUUAACGUACUUAAGGCUACCACACGUAACCUACGUAAGGCUGCUAUACGUAACUUACGUAAGGCUGCUAUACCUAACGUACUUAAAGCUGCUAUACGUAACCUACGUAAAGCUGCUAUACGUAACUUAUGUAAAGCUGUUAUACUUAACGUAUUUAAAGCUGCUAUACGUAACUUACGUAAGGCUGCUAUACGUAACUUACGUAAGGCUGUUAUACGUAACUUACGUAAAGCUGCUAUACUUAACGUAUUUAAAGCUGCUUUACGUAACGCACGUCGCUACCUUACGUAG